AUGUUUCCAUUUACUUAUACUGUCGCGUCUUCUGUAAAUAAACCUCUUGAUGUACUCGGUGAAUGGAAUAUGUUCAUAAUCAAUGAUAUCAAUGACGAUAUCAACUUUCAUCUGAGAUCAAUAGAAGAUGAUCACGGAAAUCACACACUUUCUUAUAAGGGAAUUUACCAAUGGCAAAUUCAUGAAACACCAACUACAUACUAUUGGAGUCAGUUCUGGUGGGGUUCAAAAUAUCAGGAUUUUCAUGUGUUUGAUAGCCGUCAUCCUUCUAAUGUAUGCAUUAAACAAGGAUUUGGUACUCAAUAUUGUUAUUGGUUAGUGAGACCCGAAGGGUUUUAUGUAAGUAAUGUAAACAAUACAUUUCCUUCUAGAAGUUGGGCUUUGGAUCGGACUUGGGCUUGA